AUGCGUCAUGCGUUGGACGAUCAAAAGUGUGCGCAUGAUCUCGAGGUUGAACGUUUGAGUAGAACGCAUCAAAUUCAGAUUGCGACGAUGGAUAGUAAAUUGUGUGAAGCCGAAAAGCAAUCUGAGCAGUUGAUCCGCGAUAAAAAAGCACUUGAGGCUACACUUAGUAAGGAUACGAAUCAAAAAGUUGUUGGGUUAUCGAAGGAGAUCAGCAGUUUGAAUGCGGCGCUUGAGAUGAAAUCGAGUGAGAUGAAGCAAUUGCGACACAUCAAUGCCAAACUACAACUUAAAGCCGAAGAGAUACCAUCAAAAGAUAUUGAAAUCAGCAAAUUGAAACACCGCGUUUAUGAGCUGAAACUGCUUGUUGAUCAGAAAGUUAACACAGAAAAGAUAUUAGCGGCGAAAUAUGAAGAAUUACAGCGUUCAGCACGAAGUCAUGCAAUGAUGUCCGAAUCAAUGUUGAAGGAGAACGAUUUGUUGCGAUAUAAAAUCGAAGAAAUGGAGUCAUCUACCUCAGAAAGUGAACACAAUCUGCCUAAGCAACAAGUUGAUGUCUCAAUAACAACUCCUGUAAGCACUCAUCACCAAUCGGUCACUUACCGUUCUCGACCAGCACAAAGCGAUAUUCGACCGUCAUCAUCUACACUACCAUCGAGGCUUACCAGAUCACAUCAAGAUUAUCGUAUGCGACAAUCAGGAGACGAUAAUGCUUUGACGCGUUCGAUAAUAUCAGUUUAUCUGGAGCAAGGACGAAAUCGAUUGAGUGGUUCGAAUGCGGAUACCAUUUAUGCACCUGAGGGCACCUUCAUUGCGCGAGGAAAAGGAGCUCCGCGUAGGCUAUUAUUCAAUGACACGAACGAUGAUCACGAUGCAGACGAUGAAGGCUCAGCACGACGGAUGAGACCAUGUGAUCCUGGUGAUGGUACUUAUUGUGAUACGGUGACUGACAGCGGUAUAUCGUUGUGA